UCAGACAAGUCGAUGGUGGGAUUCCCUGGCCCAAGAGUUGUGGCUGUUUGUAAGGGUGAUGCCUGUCCCAUCCUAUCCUGUCAUAUCCUGUCCUUUCACGCCGUUGUCUGCCCUGCCGUGUGCGUGUGUACUUUGUACUGCAGGGAAUCCCCAUCAACUUCGAGCUUCCUCUCGGGUCGUGUUCAGCUCCCAGCCGAUUACCCAAAAGUUACGCCAUGGCCGCCGCCCAACUCUUGGGUGUGAAGGCUUUCGCUCCGGCCCACGGACCGUCGUCCACGUCGAACUAAUUAGUACGAAGGAGCCCGAGGCGUGAGGCGGACCUUGCCCUUUGUUGGAUCGGAUCCUUGGUUCAAUGGAUGGGCUGGCUGGCUUCGCUGGAUGGCUGUCCUCACCCUCACCCUCACGAGAGGCCGCAAAUUGAGCCCGCCUCCCUUCCCUUCACUUCACUUCACUUCACUUCCCUUCCCUUCUCGGCUUGCUUCGUCUCCCCGUGUGCGAAAGCGUGCUCCCAAAGCAAAUUGCGAACUGCGCAUGACGAGGCGGCCACCAAAACGCCGUGGCCAGCCCGCGCCCACUGCCUCGUCGUGCCCCUCGAGGCUCGAUGCGAGCAAGGGAUCCUCGAGCAGGGAUCCUCGACCUGGACCCCCGAAGCCGGGAUAAGGCGCAUUGAGAAUUUGGGACGAAACCAACCGCCGCAGGUUGUUUUGUUUGUUUGAUUGAUUAAUCGUUUUCUCGGGCCCUUUUCUGGGCGACCGGGGUGUGAGAGGACCCUCUCUAAUUGACGAUGGACGAUGAACCACAUACCGUACCC